AUGUCUCGCAUUAGGAGAAACGAAAUUUCAAAUGUUACUUUAUCUAGAAUUAAUUAUGACAAUUAUAGACAAAAAUUUCCAAGUUUCUUAAAACAAGGUGUUUCCUUUUCUAAUCAAUUGAAUCUUCAUGAACAAUUAAGGACCAUUAAAGAUGAAAAUCAUUUUACAAACGAAUUUUUUAUGGCUACGAAAAUUUAUACUAAUAAUCAAUCCAAAAAGAUAAACUCUGACCAUAACGCUUGUCAAAUUACUAUCGAUGUUGAUGAUUAUUCUUCGUUGACUGACACCUCAGAUUCUGGCUCAGAACACUACGCAACUGACGAUGAACAAUCAAAUAUUUUGCAACAAUCCAGUUCAUUAAAUAAUGAACAGUUAAUUAAUAACGAAGUUCUUAAAGUUCAAACAGAAUCCAAUAAUAUCCAAGAGAAAGCAACAAAUAAUUGUCUACAACCUAAAGCAACGAAUAAUUGUCUACAACCUGCGGCUAUCAAUUUUUCACAAUCAAAAUUUUCUAAUGAUAGACAAAGUCAAUCGCAAAAUGUUUACGUUUGUUCACAAAAUAAUGCGUUGAAAAUAGAAAACUACGUAGUGAAAUCUGAAUUAAGCAAUUUAAAAGCAAAAUACACAGUCUUGGAAAAGGAAAAUACCCAUUUAAAAGAAAAGUACAAAUCACAAGAAAUAGGAUUCAGAAAAAUAAUCAAAGAUCUCGAAAACACAAUCAAAAGCCUUGAAGCAGAACUUAGAAAUAACAAAAUAAAGUUUAAAGCAGAACGUAAAGAACUUGUAACAGAAUUAAAUUUGUUAAAAAACAAGAUCAAAGAAGCCGAAACUAGACAAAAACAAUUGGAAAAUAAGAUUAACAAGAUAAUUGAAGAUCAAAAAGAACUAAGAAAAAAGUCUGAAAAGGAGAAGCAAGAACUUCAAAAUCAAGUAUACGAUCUACAAGAAGAAAAAAUAAAGGAAAUAGUCGAUAAAUCAAAAGGAGGAUGCAAUUAA